AUGAACUUCGAUUAUUCGUUAACGAAAGCUCAAGCAAAGAGUAUUCAUAAUAAUACCCAAUCCCCUAUAUCUAGUACUACACCUCCACAAAAACUAUAUACAUUAACCACAUCACCUCGUAGACAACAUAAGAGGAGUAACUCGGUAGACUUUACCCCUAGAAGAGGCAGUCAUGUAUCGUUAACACAUUCACCAUCAAGUGCUUCAAGCAAAAAUUCAAGCUUGCUUUCAUCACCAAUAUCACAAAACCAAGCACCAACUGAAUCAUUAAUCUCUUCAGCACCUGGAAGAGUUAUUGACUUGGAUAAAAUUACACACGAGUUGAAUAAUAGCGUAAGGAGGUUGAGCGUUGCUAGCUCGCUCAGUCGCAUUCAAGAAAGCACCUUGCAAAAUAUUGUUAGCAAUUCCAACGAUCAAUUGGAACCUAAAUUACCACUAAGCUCAGAGUUAUUGUUGAUGAAGUAUCAAAAUUAUAAUACCGAUGACGAAAUUCUCAGCAUAGAAGAAGAACAAGAUGAAGAAGAGAAGGAAGAACAAGGUAGGGAAGUACUUUCUUUUGACGAAGGUUCCAAAGCAAAGAGUAAUCGCUUACUACGAACAUUUAAUAAAUUAAAGAGAAAUAGUUCAACAUAA